ACUGCUGCUUUGAAACCGCCUCUGCCUGGUGAAGAAGAAGGCGAAGCUGUUGAAUGUGAAACGCCCAACGAGACACCUCAUCCUCAAGUGAGGCGGCCGCGACGCAGUAAGAGUCUCCAACAAGUGCUGAAUGUCAACAAAAACUCAAAGUCUCCUGGCUCAAAUUGCGUUCCACUGGAAACUGGUAAAGCCGGCCUUAAAUGCUCCUCCAAAGUUGGUCUUUGCUCAGGUAAAAAUAAAAGACGCCACAAGACACCGCGUCAAGAUUCUGCCGUCCGUAAAUCCGCUGCCAACACAGCUGCUGACCCUCCGCUAGAAGGCAACUUACUUCCAGGCGUUUCGUGUUCUUCCACUGGUAUAGUCGCCGCUCAGCCUCACGGACAAUCGCCGGCUCCUAAAGCGUCGGUGGAGUCCAGUCUUGCCGCGCUGCGUUUGGAGGGUUUAAUGGAUGUGCUAGAAAUUCAACACUCUCCUUCGGCUGGUGAUUUGCUUUCUUGGGACACCAAUGUUUCUGGCAAUCCUGGAGGUCAACCCAAGAAAGCAGCAAAGGUGAUUGAAUUUUAA